AUGAUUAAUCCUCCCUGGGCUUCUUCUUUUAAAAAUUCUUUUGUUGAAUUUAUUGCUCCUGGCCCUUCGGACCACUGUAUGGCUCUGGCUUGGAUCAAUAAAGAAACUCAAACCACUAGGCCUAAGCCUUUUAAAUUCUUCAACUUCUGGACUAAACAUCCUAACUUUCUUGAACAAAUCACUAAAUCUUGGCAACAACUUACCCAAGGAAACCCUAUGCAAAGAUUGUUUAUUAAGCUUAAACGCCUAAAGCCUAAUUUGAAAAAACUCAACAAGGAUAAUUAUAAUGACAUCUCUGCUAAGGUUAGACUUAAGAGGAGUGAGCUGGAGCAAAUUCAAAUUUCUACUCUUAAUGAUAACAAUUCUUUUGAUGAAGAAUUGAGAAUCCAAAAGGAUCUUAAUGAUUUAGAGGACAUGGAAUAUAUGUUCCUCAAACAAAAAGCUAAAGUGCAAUGGGUUAAGGAUGGAGACAAAUGUACCAAACUUUUUCAUACUGCCAUUGCCUCUAAACAUAAAAGAGACACAAUAAGGGUUCUUAUUAACAAUGAGGGGAGAAGAUUAGAGUCUUAUGAUGAUAUGGCAAAUGAAAUUCUUGACUCCUUCAAUUAUCAACUUGGUAAAAUUGAUCCUACGGUUAUUCCUCCUGAUCCUUCUUUCUUGAGAAAUUUACUUCAGUUCCAUGUUCCUAAUGAGGUUGCUACUGAUUUGGUUAAAACUGUGUUACUUCUGAAGAGAUCAAAGAGGCUUUAUUUAAUCAAGGGAAUGAUAAAGCUCCUGGACCUGAUGGGGGAAGAUUUUGUUAAUGCUGUUAAAUUUUUCUUUAAAGAAACUGCUAUCAUUCCUGCUUUUAAUUCCACCAUUAUUGCCCUGAUUCCUAAAAUCCAAAACCCUAGCAAAGUGAAGGAUUACAGACCUAUAUCUUGCUGCUCGGUUGUGUACAAAACUAUUUCAAAAAUUCUUGUUAAAAGAAUGAAUGAGCUGCUGCCUGACCUUGUUUCACUCAACCAAACUGCUUUUGUGAGAGGUAGAUCCAUUAUUGAUAACACUCUUCUUGCUCAAGAAUUGGUAAAAGGAAACCUUGAUUCUAUUAUGGGGGUUAUCAGUGUCCUCAAUCAUUUCUAUGUUCUAUCUGGUCUGAACUUAAAUGUUAGAAAAACUGAAUUUUUUGCUGCUGGUAUUUCGAGCAGAAUUCUUGAUUCCAUUAAAUCCGCCACUGGUUUCAAACAAGGCUUUCUUCCGGUAAGGUAUCUUGGUGUUCCACUGGUCACUAGGAAAAUAACUGAAAAAGACUGUCAUCCUCUCUUUGAUAAUAUUAAACAAAGACUUCAUCAAUGGUCUGGAAAAAAUUUAAGUUAUGCUGGGCGUCUAGAGCUUAUUAAAACUGUUUUACAUAGUGUUAUUAACUUCUGGAAUAGACAAUUUAUCUUUCCUCAGAAAGUUAUCAAUAGACUUGAACAGCUUUGCUCUAGAUUCCUUUGGAAAGGUAAUGAUACUACUGCCAAAGGUGCUAGGAUUAGCUGGGAUCAAAUUUGUUGCCCCAAAUCUGAAGGAGGACUCGGCUUGAAGGACAUUCGCUCUUGGAAUAAAGCCUGUAUGAUUCAACUUAUCAGAAAAAUUUUGGCUGGACAGGGAUCUUUAUGGGUAGCUUGGAUUUACUGCUAUGUUUUUAAAAAUAAUGCUAUAAGUGACAUAAGUGCUACCACUUCCUAUAGUUGGACCAUCAGAAAACUUUUAAAACUCAGGAAUGAUACUACCUCAACGAUUGCUGUUGGAAUCUCGAUUACUAAAGACAUCUGGGAAGAUAUCAGAGUUCCAAGAGAAAAGGUUUACUGGCACAAAGUGAUUUGGUUUCCUCAUCAUAUUCCUAAAUUCAGCAUGAUCACUUGGAUGGCUAUUCUGGAUCGUCUUCCAACUCGUGACAGACUCUUUAGGAUGGGCAUUACUUCUGACAUAAUAUGUGUUCUGUGUAAUGAGAUAAAUGAAUCCCGAAAUCAUCUUUUUUUUACUGUUCUUAUGCUUCUUCUCUUUGGAACUCUAUUAUGA